AUGCUUGUACUAGGAAUUAUACCAGCUUUAGGAUUAAUGUUUGGGACGUGGCUAGUAGUUCCAGAAAGCCCCCGUUGGCUAAUAUCAACCUCAAACACAAAACAAGCAUUGGAAGUGCUUAAACAAGUAAGAGAGAGUGAAAUACAGGCAAUUAAUGAAUUGGAGGAAGUUGAGAAAUUAGUAGAGUAUGAUAGAAAAAUAAAUGAAGAAAAGGUGGAUAUUCUAACGAUGCUUUUGAAUGAAAGAUGGAUAUAUCGUUGUUUGUUAGUUGGAAUUGGGAUUGCUUUGUGUAAUCAAGUGACUGGUGUCAAUUCAAUAAUGUUUUAUGGAACAGAAAUUCUUAGAGAAACAGGCUUUUCAAAUCAAAUUGCUUUAAUGGCAAAUAUUGCUAAUGGGGUAAAGCAAACUUUUUUUCUCAACUUAAACCUUCCCUGA